CAAUCACAGAUCGGGGGGCGGGGCCUCGGGCCGGGCCUGCGGAGACAGCCGGGCCGGCUCGCCGGAGCUCGCCAGCCGCCCGCCAGCCCGCCGGAGGAAGGAGAGGAGCGGGACGCUUCCGCGGUGUACUGCGCGGUGUCCUGGUCUCCAGUUGCCCUGUCGCGGCUGACGUUCGAGGCGCUGACGCAGCGUCUUUCUUAAUACUUCCAGAGAAACAGCCUAGCCUUCAAGCUGGCGGGAGCGAUGGUUCAUAUAAAGAAAGGCGAGCUGACCCAGGAGGAGAAGGAGCUGCUGGAAGUCAUCGGGAAGGGUACCAUCCAAGAAGCUGGAACAUUAUUAUCCAGCAAGAAUGUUCGUGUCAACUGUUUGGAUGAGAAUGGAAUGACUCCUCUAAUGCAUGCAGCAUAUAAAGGAAAACUUGAUAUGUGCAAAUUACUUCUGCGACAUGGAGCCGAUGUCAAUUGCCUUCAGCAUGAACAUGGGUACACAGCCCUCAUGUUUGCUGCACUUUCUGGUAAUAAAGAUAUCACAUGGGUAAUGUUGGAAGCUGGGGCUGAGACAGAUGUUGUCAACUCUGUGGGAAGAACAGCAGCUCAGAUGGCAGCUUUUGUGGGUCAGCAUGACUGUGUGACCAUCAUCAACAAUUUCUUUCCUCGAGAGAGACUGGAUUACUACACAAAACCCCAGGGACUGGAUAAAGAACCAAAACUACCCUCAAAGUUGGCAGGCCCGCUGCACAAAAUCAUCACCACAACGAAUCUCCAUCCUGUCAAGAUCGUGAUGCUGGUGAAUGAGAAUCCCCUGCUGACAGAAGAACAAGCCCUGAAUAAAUGCUACAAGGUGAUGGAUUUGAUUUGUGAGAAAUGUAUGAAGCAAAGAGACAUGAAUGAAGUCUUGGCUAUGAAAAUGCAUUACAUCAGCUGCAUCUUCCAAAAAUGCAUUAACUUCUUAAAAGACGGAGAGAAUAAGCUGGACACCUUGAUCAAAAGCUUAUUAAAAGGUCGACCUUCUGAUGGCUUUCCAGUAUAUCAAGAAAAGAUCAUCAGAGAAAGUAUCAGAAAAUUUCCUUACUGUGAAGCCACACUGCUCCAGCAGCUGGUCCGAAGCAUUGCUCCUGUUGAAAUUGGUUCUGAUCCCACUGCGUUUUCUGUCCUUACCCAAGCCAUCACUGGUCAGGUGGGCUUUGUGGAUGUUGAGUUUUGCACUACCUGUGGGGAAAGGGGAGCAAGUAAACGAUGUUCAGUAUGCAAAAUGGUAAUAUAUUGUGAUCAAUCCUGUCAGAAAACCCACUGGUUUGCACAUAAGAAAAUCUGUAAGACUCUGAAGGACAUUUAUGAGAAGCAGCAGUUGGAAGCUGCCAAAGAAAAAAGUCCAGAGGAAAACAAUGGCAAACUUGAUGUCAAUUCUAAUUGUGUUACUGAAGAGCAAGCAGAGGCUGACGUGGGAAUCCCCCAAGAAGAUUCCAAUCCUAAAGAUUCCAUGCAAGGAGAGGAAGAAUCUCUUCCAAGUGAGGCGAAGCUGAAAGACCUGCAAGGUGCUCCUGUGGGUCCACACAUGUCUGAGGAGUAAAGGCCACAGCAAGUGUCAGCGUGGUGGUCCUCACCCUGGCAGGGAGCUGGAAGACUCACAUGAAUGUGUUGUCCCCAUUGUCUCGUCACACCUGCAUAGCACCUGGCAGGAUCCCACAUCUUACAGAGGUUUUCAAGCAAAGCUCUGUCUAUGCUGCUCCGAUUUCCUAUGGAUUUCUGUUCUAUAAUUGAGCAGAAAUUCCUAUGGAAGAAAAAAAUUGUUUUUCAACAUGCAGGAAAAAAGUUUCCAUUCCCUUCCUGAAGUUGGCUUCCCAGCAAUUAUCCUCAAAGGAAAAUAAAUCCCCUUAAAGAAGAAAUAUAGACUUUAGGGAACAAAGGGACAAGGAGAAAAGGUGUGGAAGAGAGAUUUUCAGGAAUGAUAAAUUCUAUAGCUACAGAGUUGGGUCCUUAGAAAAAUCAUAACUUCUAUGUGAAUAAAAUACAUAUAAAUUGCAUUUACAAUAGCAAAGUGCUACUUUCUCAGAUGCAAUGAAAUAAGAACAGCUCCAUGUUAAAGAACGUCUGCCAUAGCUCAGCUAAUUGCAGUUUUAUGUGGCAGUAAUCUUGAGUGGUCUAGUCUGCCUGUGGUUUCUGCAGUGAUGUUCUAUCUGCAGUUUUUGUAUCUUUAGAAAUGUCAGGUCUGUCAGAAGGAACUAAGGCAUUCCACAGAUUAUCUCAGCAUGUGCAUUAAUAAAGAUACAUCCUGAAAUUGCCGAUUAAAUAAUGACUAGACAUACUGUGUACACAAUUAUUGUUAGACUAAUUCAUGUGCCAUACUCCACCUGAAAGCCUGAUCUUAUCUUCCUGUAAGCUUCCCGUGGACACUUCUUGUCCAGAAGCUGAUUCAUCACUGUCAUUUGGAGAAUGUCCUGGCAUCAAUUUUUAGCAUAUGUGGUAUUUAAACAGAGAUAGGGUGUGAUGUCUGAAGAUAGUGCUGUAUGAAUUUUAAAAUAAAUUGUGCCUACGAAUAUAAACAA